AUGGUAAAACCAGCCAUUUUGACUGGUAGUUGCAGUGUUAAAAAGAAGGGGCGAGCGGUCCUGAUGCUCUCGCAGUGACACCUAAAAUAAACUCUAUUUAACAAGAGAAGAGAACGAGAUUACGGAUACACGCGUCGCGUGUACAAGAACAGCCUGGUGUCGAUCGAGAGGCUCAGUCGACGCGUCUCCAUGCUCUUCGAUGUUGUGCUGCGUUUCGAGAAGAGCCGUCGCGGCGACGGCGGACGAUCAUUCUUCGUCGAUAGAGCAACUCGUCAGCUUGGAGGAAAUAAUUCAGCUGGAGCAAUCGGACGAACCAGUCUCCCUUCGGCGAUACUCGUAUCGUCAAGAUGUCCUCCGAUGGAGCAGUUCUGCCGAGGGUCGUUCAGAAGGAAUAUACGCUCAGAUAGGAGAAACUGAUUCGCUGGUUUCGUAG